GUUUGGUUGCACUCACUAUUAGUCUUUCGUUCAGUUUUGCUCCGUUUAGUCUCUUAAAAUUCAACUCAAUUUUAAAACAAAAAAAAUGGCCAACAAUAAAGAAUUUGGUCCAAACAGUUAGACCCCAUCGACAACAAUUAAAACAAAAAAUUAAAACAAACAAUUAAAAAUUUAAUUUAAAAGAAAUUUUAAAAAAUCGAUGUUUGUAAAAACGCAGUUCAUAAAAGCAAAGUUUUGUAAAAAAUUAAUUUUUAAAUAAAGUAAUUUCUAAAUAAAGAAAAUAGGUUCGAAAGUAAAAAAAAUCUAGUGCAGUGUGUGAAAAGAGGGAGAUUAUUUUUUCUUUAAGUAAAAAAAGCAAAAAAAAAAAAAAUGGGACCAUUCGAAAUUUUGUGCAUCAUAGCGGGAAUAUUUCUCUUCCUCUAUUAUUACAGUACAUCGACACACAAUUUUUGGAAAAAUCAAGGUGUCAAUGGACCAAAACCAGCGCCACUUUUUGGCAAUUUCACCGAUCUCAUGUUAAAUCGAAUAAAUUUGGGUGACUAUACAAAAAAACUUUACGAACAAUUCAUCAAUGAGCCAAUGAUUGGAAUGUACGCGAGAAGAACACCAAUUUUACUGCUCAAAGAUCCGGAACUAAUAAAAGAUGUUCUAAUAAAAGAUUUCAAUAAAUUUGCCGAUCGUGGUAUUAAUAUACAUGAGAAAGUUGAUAUAUUAUCACCGCAUUUAUUUUCCCUUGAGCCAAAACGUUGGCGACCAUUGCGCAAAAAUUUAUCGCCCGUCUUUACAUCAGGUAAAUUGAAGGAAAUGUUUCAUUUAUUAAUUGAAACAUCAGAGCGUUUAGAUGUUUAUUUAAAGAAUGUUGUCGUUGAAAAUGAACCAACUGAAUGUAGGAAAUUAACGGCAAAAUUCACCACCGACGUCAUUGGUUCGUGUGCAUUUGGAAUUGAUAUUAAUGCACUGUCGGAUGAUGAAAAUGAAUUUUUGAGAAUGGGAAGAAAAAUUUUUGAUGUCACUUUUUGGAGAACAUUGAAAAUGAGGAUUAGAGACAUUACUCCGUGGUUGUAUGGAAUACUUGGACCGAUAGUCGCUGAGACGGAGAUGAAUAAUUUUUUUGUUAAUUUGAUAAAAGAUACGAUGGAAUAUAGAAAGAAGAAUAAUGUCGUUAGGCAUGAUUUUGUUGAUUUGUUGAGACAUGUGAAGGAGAAUCCGGAUCGACUGGGUGAUCUUGAAUUAACCGAUAGUUUGAUAGCCGCACAAGCAUUUGUAUUUUUUAUCGCCGGCUUUGAAACUUCAUCAACGACAAUGAGCAAUGCUCUCUAUGAAUUGGCCCUGAAUCCUUCGAUUCAAGACAAAUUACGAAAGGAAAUUCAAGAGGAAUUAAAAGUAACUGAGGGGAAAUUAUUAUACGAUAGAAUAAAAAAUUUGAAACUUUUACAUAUGGUUUUUCAAGAAACUUUGAGAAAAUAUCCGCCAGUAACGGUUCUUAUGAGAAAAGCAACGGAAAAAUAUACAUUUUCCGGUACAAAUGUGACAGUGCCGAAGGGUCAGAAAGUGUGGAUUCCAGCUUAUGCGAUUCAACGAGAUCCGAAUAAUUAUCCUGAUCCUGAUACUUUCGAUCCACAGAGAUUUAGUGAAGAGGGAGAGGAAUCGAGGCAUCCCAUGCUAUUUUUGCCAUUUGGAGAUGGUCCCAGAAAUUGCAUUGGAGCGAGAUUUGCAAUUUAUCAAACAAAAGUAGGAUUGAUGACAAUACUUAAAAAUUACAGAGUUGACGUUUGUGAAAAAACAACUAUUCCUUACGUCAACCAUAAAAGUUCGUUUCUUCUACAACCAAAGGAUGGAAUUUAUCUUAAAUUUAAAAAAAUAAUUUUGUGCCUAAUUCUGACAAUAAUCAUCUUCAUCUAUCACUACAGUACCUCAACAUUCACAUUUUGGAAAAAUCAAGGUGUCAAUGGUCCAAUGCCAAUACCAUUUGUCGGAAAUUUCAAAGACUUUAUGCUAAGUCGAAUAAGUAUUGGCGAUUUUGCAAAAAAAGUGUACGACGAAUUUGAAAAUGAAAAAUUAAUUGGAUUUUAUGCUCGAAGAAGGCCAAUUCUUCUUCUACGGGAUCCAAAUUUAAUAAAGGAUGUCCUGAUAAAGGAUUUUAAUAAAUUUGCCGAUCGUGGUUUAACAUUUCACGAGAAAGUUGAUAUUUUAUCGCCAAAUUUAUUUAUGAUUGAAUCAAAACGUUGGCGACCAUUGCGUAAAUGUUUAUCGCCAGUAUUCACGUCGGGAAAAUUAAAGAAAAUGUUUCAUCUAAUGGCGGAGACUUGUGAGCAUUUGGAGGAUUAUUUAAAUAAUGUUGUCGUUGAAAAUGAACCAAUCGAAUGUCGAACAUUGACGGCAAAAUUCACCACAGACGUCAUUGGUUCUUGUGUUUUUGGUAUUGAUAUUAAUGCAUUGUCAGAUGAGAAAAAUGAUUUUCUUCGAAUGGGUAGAGUUGUUUUUGAAGUGGAUUUUUGGAGGAAUGUGAAAUUUCGAAUGAGAGAAGUGACACCGUUUUUGUAUAAUUUACUGGGGCCGUUGGUCACUGAACGUGAGAUGAAUCAGUUUUUUAUUAAUUUAAUUCGCGAUGCAAUGCAGUACAGAGAGGAGAAUAAUAUUGUUAGGCAUGAUUUUGUUGAUCUGUUGAAACAAGUGAAAGAUGAUCUUAAUCGAUUAACGGACAUCGAAGUAACCGAUACUUUGAUAGCAGCACAGGCUUUUGUAUUUUUCACCGCGGGUUUCGAAACUUCAUCAACAACAAUGAGCAAUGCUUUGUAUGAAUUGGCUCUGAAUCCUUCAAUUCAGGACAAAUUACGAAGGGAAAUUCAAGAGGAAUUAAAAAUAACUGAGGGAAAAUUGUUCUACGACAGAAUAAAUAAUUUGAAACUAUUGCACAUGGUUUUUCAAGAAACUCUUAGAAUGUAUCCGCCAAUUACUGUUCUAAUGAGAAAAGCAACAGAAAACUAUACAUUCACUGAUUAUAAUGUAACACUACGAAAAGGCGACAAAGUUUGGAUUCCAAUUUAUGGAAUUCAUAGGGAUUCGAAAUAUCAUCCUAAUCCUGAUACCUUUGAUCCUGAUCGAUUUAAAGAUGAGGAGGUGUCAACACGACAUCCAAUGGUCUUUCUGCCAUUUGGCGAUGGACCACGAAAUUGCAUUGGAGCGAGGUUUGCAGUUUAUCAAACAAAAGUAGGAUUGAUGACAAUACUAAAAAAUUACAGAGUUGAUGUUUGUGAGAAAACAACUAUUCCUUACGUCAACCAUCAAAGUUCGUUUCUUCUACAACCGAAAGAUGGAAUUUAUCUCAAAUUUAAGAAAAUACAAUAAAAUAAAAUAAGUUAC